AUGAGUAACAUGCUGCCUUCCUCUUUUUUGAACAUCUCGCAACUUGAACCAACGACCAAGGUAGUGCUAGAUGGAGGAAGAUACUCAACCUGGAUCCGUAGGGACGGAAAAUUCGUCAUAAAUGAUGUCCCCUCGGGUUCUUACCUUUUAGAAGUCUUAUCGAGGAAAUACGUAUAUCCCAAGAUACGUUUAGAUGUCGAUUCCGGGAGCGUCAGACCUUCUGUAACAAUCACAGGUAGCGAAUGGGGAAAUUUAGGACCUUCCUUGCCUUAUCCGUUAGAAUUGUAUGCAAGGACUACGGCUGAUUAUUUCACGCCCCGAGAAGGAUUCAGUAUUGUCAGUCUUUUCGCUAAUCCGUAUAUAAUCAUGAUGGGUUUCAGUGUUGUGUUAUUGUUUAUAAUGCCCAAAAUGAUGGCUGGAUUAGAUCAAGAAGCGUUACAGGAACUCCAACAAAAUCAGUCACAGAAUCCUAUCGAAAUGCCAGACUUUUCUUCUAAAAUAGCAAAUUAUUUAACGAAGGGUUCAAAUGACAAGCCACCCAGCAAGAAAAAUUGA